AUGCAUCCAGACGUCGCGUCACUCAAAAUAUGCGUCAUUGGAGCCGGCAUGGGCGGCUUAACGUGCGCCCUCGCCCUCGCUCGUGCCGGAUUCAAGGAUAUCACCGUGUAUGAGAUGGCGUCGAAUCUCGGCUUUGUCGGUGCUGGCAUACAAAUGGCGCCCAAUAUGGCUCGUAUCCUUGACCGGCUCGGUGUGUGGGACGACAUCGAGAAAGAGGCGGUUGUUCUCAACGAGACGAGCAUUCGACAGGGCUCAACCGAUACCGAGCUCGGCCAUGUCGACCUAAAGUACAUCCGUGAGGCAUACGGCUUCCCACACACGGUUGGCCAUCGGGCAACGCUGGCGGGCGAGCUCUACAACGGCUGCAAAAGAGAGUCGGAUAGCAUCAAAUUCUGCUUUGCGACGACAUGUGAGAACUUCACGUUUGUGCCCAAGCCAAGCUUCACGGCCAUCCCGCGAAAAGACGCAGAACCGUACCAAGUACAAUGCGAUAUCCUCCUGGGGGCAGACGGCAUCAAGUCCAACGCGCGUGUCGCUAUGCUCAAGGAGCUCAACGUCGAAGCUGAUAUCAACGAUACCGGCCAGGCGGCGUACCGAAUCAUGCUCAGCCGGGAACAGAUGGCGUCUGAUCCGGACUUGCUGGCCCUGAUCGACGCCGACAAGGUGACGCGCUGGAUCGGCGAGAAGAGACACAUUAUAGCGUACCCAGUGUCGAGCAAACAGAUAUACAACAUCUCGACGACACAGCCAGACGUCAACUUCGCGGCCGCUCCCUCGGCGACGUACACGACCCGAGGCUCGAAAAAGGCCAUGCUGGACGUCUUCGCCGACUUUUGCCCCAUGAUCCAUCGCAUGCUCGACCUGGUGCCCGAGGGCGAGGUGUGCGAGUGGAAACUGCGCGUCCAUGCGCCUCUCCCCACGUGGGUCCUGGGCUCAAUGGCCCUGGUCGGCGACGCGUGCCACCCAACCUUACCGCACCUCGCGCAGGGUGCCGCGCAGGCCAUCGAAGACGCUGCGGUCCUCGCGGUAGUCCUCUCUCACCUCCCCUCCGGCGCUUCUCCUGCAGAUAUCAACAAAGCCCUCAAGCUGUACGAGGAGGUGCGCAAAGAGCGCGCCGAGACGCUGGUCGAGCUGGCCGCCGCGAGUGGGCGGGCACUGCAUUUGGGCGAGGGAGCAGCCAAGGAAGAGCGCGAUAAGCAGUUUGCAGCCCUCAAGGCGGGAAAGGGACCCGUGCCGGAUAAAUGGGCUGAUGCCGACGUGCAGAAGAUGGUCUAUGGUUUUGACUGUAUGAAGGUGGCGGAGGAACUGGCCAAGGCGCAGUUGAGCAGCGCGUGA